GUUCAUGAAUAUUCAUUAGGCUCGAUUCGACGCCGAUGAUGACCGAGCAAGCUAGCUUAUUCGCCCUGAAUUAAAAUCUGUGUCGAAUCAAACAUCAUGGCCAGUUCCAGUCAUUUUGUCGUUUUAUUUGGCAUCAUUGGACUUGCUCAUGCAUCCUACUCAGCCGCACAACAUCGAUCGUAUCUAAGAUUAACAGAGCAAGAAUUCACCAGGUUACCAACUGAUAUCUUUGUACAGUGUAUAGUCAGUUUACUAGUGACGUGUUACGGGGUGAUAAACAUUGCAGGAAAGUUCAGGGAGAUACGAGCUACAGUGGAAUUAGAAUCUAGAUCUAUGGAUACGUUGUGCAACCGACCAUCAUUCUACUGCUUCUCUCAUAGAGGUCAGGUCUUACACCAAGCAGAAGAAAACCAACAUGGCUGAUCAGUCAUGACCUUUGAACUUUGAUAGCACUCUAAACUGAUUGGUCAAUACCUCCCUAUCAAUGGCGUACUGUAGCCGUGAGAGAACAUGUGAAUGCAACGAAAGUUGCUCUAAUAAUUGAUGAUAAUUAUUAUGUUUGUAUAGCACUUACCACUUAUUUUAUUCUAAGUCUUUAAGCGCUGUACAAAUAAUGUGGCAUUAUAACCCUGGCUUCAGCAGAGCAGCUAUUUACAUGAACUGCAUUUCAAGUCCAGGGGGUGUUUCACAAAGAUUUAAGUAUGACUUAAGUCACACUUAAAUGCCGAUGUGCACAUGAUAUGCAACGCGCAAUCUGGUUGAUGGAUACACAGUAGUGCGCGUCCCUAAUGUGGUGAUGUCUUCUAUACCGUACGCAACUGGACCGUGCGACUCUUAAGUCACACUUAAAUCUUUCUGAAACACCCCCCUGGUGGGUGUUUCAUAAAGCUGUUCGUAAGUUAAGAGCGACUUUAAGAACGACUAGUGAUCCUUUCUUAUCGUCAAUGAUAUUCACCAUUAAAUGUUCAUUGACAAUUAUUUAGCGUGUAAGAAAGCUUCACCAGUCGUUCUUAAAGUCGCUCUUAACUCACGAACUGCUUUAUGAAAUGGCCCCCCUGUAGUAUAGCUCAUAAAAGAGGUGGAAAAAUAAUUUGUUAGUAUUCCAAUGAGACUGUUCACACAAAUCAUGCUCUCUUUCUGUCUCAUAAGUAAAACAAUUUAACGGACCCUUCCUUUUUGACCCAGGAAGCUUUAAUACAAUUUGAAGAAUUUGAUUGCACAAGUAUUUUUUCAAAGAUUUCCCUCAAUUUCAUCACACACUAAAGUUAAUACGUGUAUGUACUGGGAGCAAUCAUUGGCAUUCUCGAGCAUAACCUAAUCAGUUGCUUGAUACAUCCAGCUUGCAAAUUUCUGUAGAGUUUAUUUUCAAUUGGUCUAAUGCCAAUUCGUCCAAUUACCAAGUCGUCUACUCUCAUUUGGUCUACCGUCAGUUUCGUCCACUCACCACAUGGUCUAAUUGCCAUUUCGUCACCUCAUCAUUUCUUCUAAUAUUCAGUUGGUCAAAUAGCUUGGAAUAAGUGUUAAUUGGGGGAUAUGAAUGAUAAUGAAAUGGAUAUUAGACUAACUGGUUAUGAGACGAAAUAGUCAAAGACGAAUUGGUGAUUAGACCAAGUGAUGAUUGGACCAAAUGGUUAUUGGACCAAACGGUUGUUAGACGGAUUGUUGAUGGAUGGAAUGGCAUUAGAUUAAAUGAAGUAAGACCAUGUGGUGAGUGGACAAGUUGGCACUAGAUGAAUUGGCAAUAUUCCAUUUCUAGUCACAUUUGGGCAAUUCCAUAAAUAUGUAUGUCCUACCCUCUAUAAUUAGGACCUUCUUCAAAUUAUUUGUCUCUGUUUUUUUUUUGUUCUUAUAAAAAUUUGUAAUGCUCUCAAAUUAUUGCGACUUGGGCAGUUUACGAAGUGAAGUAAAAAAUGGAGGAAAAUAGGGAUCGGUUGUACAAAAGGGUAGAUUAAAAAAAAAAUGGGAUGAGGUGUUAAAGUUAUUAUAACCUCAUUCUCAUAGGCCCGUAUUCUCAAAAGAGGAUUCAGUUGUACCAUGGUACAAAACCAUGCUAUUUUAUCGCGUACAUGAAUGCAUGUCCAAUUAUAAAUGCACUUUUUUGGCAGAGGGCACUAAAUUCAUGCUUGAAGGAAUUGGGACAAUACAAGACAUCUGAAUAUUCCAUGAUUCUGUACCAUCGUUCAAUUGAAACUUCUUUUGAGAAUACGGACCAUAGACUUUGGGCUCACUUUGUCAUGAAAUGUACUAUCAGGCAAGGACUAGAGGUGACAAGGCCUUUGCAUUUGCCCCUCAUUGUCGGAUAAACCUGCUGCUUCUUCCUCUUGCCAGUCUUUCUGCUGAGUAGUUAACACCGUUGAAUUAGAAAUAGGUAGAGCAAGUACAACAUGGCAGCAUCACUCAAGCUUGACAUUGUUCACAAAGUUACAGUACAUACAAUAUAAUUUUGCCAUUUGAAAUUUUGAUUGUCAAAUCUUGUGUAAUAAAUGUGACAAAUAAUUUUUGUGA